GGCCGCGAUCCCCGCCCCGCGACGCCCCCCGGCGGCCGGGAGGAGACCCUGCGCCUGCUGGACCAGUUGCUGGCCGAGUCGGAGGCCUGGGGACCCCGGGAGCCGACCCCACGCGGCCCCGCCCGGCUCCCUCCCGCGGUGUCCCCAGAAAAGAAGAUUAAGGACACCCCGGAAGACAGCUGUGCCUCUGGAGCCCCAGGCAGCAGCCACAAGAGACCGGAGGGGCAGUCGGCCAUCUCCUACGAUUACUCCGAAGAGGAGCUGAUGGCGAGCAUCGAGAGGGAGUACUGCCGCUGAGCUGGCCGAGCAUCCCCGGGCACCACCGACCAGGCCUGGCAGGCCUGUGAGCUGGGCGAGUCAGAGGGUACCACCACCUUGCCCCGCCCGUGGCCCAGCCAGAGCGAACCCACUUCUUGAAUACAGCCAUCUUUCCAAACUGAUUUUUAAAGAUUCUCCAUCAGAGUCCUGGACCAAGAUUAAGAAGAAACAGGUCCUGGGCCAUGGGUGUGUGAACACCUCCUCUCACACAGGGGUAGCCUGGUUGUGUGGUUCCCCUGAACCUUUCUAUUUACUCCUUUUCCAGGAGGGGAAAGGUCAACCCCUCUUGGCAUCUGUGUGUGCCACAGGCUUCUAGAAGGUUCCACCAAGGUAUGUUCUUGGUCUUCACGGAGAGUUCUCCAGAGGGAAACAGUGGAUUCCAUGUAUAUCAGUUUCCACUUGCUCACAAAAGAGCCUGAGUGUAUGGCUGACAGGCAGAUCCCGAGCACCAAGGUCUAGAUGGAUCCAGAGACUGCAUUUCCAACAGCGUAGCAGUCAGGGCAAGCUGCAGGUGCAAGGACCGAGUGCCUGCAUUUCAGACUGUCCCUCGGCUCUGCCCUUCCUCAUGCUGGAGGCUCCUCCAACAGCACACCAGCCUCCCCUGCUUGGAUGUCGUAGGAAGAGAGCGUGGGCCGGGAUCCACAGACUGCUCUGGCAUCCCAGUAUUAUGUGAGCUUGUGGUGGGGAUGCAGAGCUCAUCGAUUCUCUCUCUGGGCCUCAGUUUCUCUCUGGGGGAGAAUCCUCGAGGUUCUUGAAGACCUUUCAAGCCCUAUCCGUCGGGCGGCUCUAUCUCCCAGCCCUUCAUCUCCCAGCAGCCACUGUGCCUUCUCCAUCCUGCUGAGUGCAGGAUUGCUCGGAUGACGGGAGCUGGGAGAGCGAGCCCACUCGAGAUAGGUCUUCAUGGUAAUUGCUCUCCAGAUUCCCUUUGGCUGGCAGUCUGGCUGUGGACCUCUUCUCCUCCUCCCUGCUCGGGUUGAAGACAGACACAGUAAUGAGGCCAGCAGAGCCUUCAGACAUUCCCAGUGGGCAGAUGGGAAAUACAGAGAGUCUAUGGGAAGGAGGGGAGGGCCUGGGUGGGUCCUGUAGGGUGUGUGGAUGCACCGGGACCGCCGUCGAGGGUGCGGCAGGAAGGGUUCACAGAUCUGGGAGUGGUGGCGCACACUUACCACCAAGCAGACAUCAGGCCAAGGCGAGAGGACUAUUGAGAGGCUACAUGGUGAAUGCGAGACCAGGCCAAACCGCUUAGUGAGAUUCUGUGUCAGAACACAGUAGAGAAGGAGGGCAUGGGGGCAGCUUUGGCCGAGGCCAGAGCAGGCCUCAGUUUAUGUUACAUUCCCCUGCCAAACAGUGGCCUCCCCCGGUACCACACCUCUCCUGAGAACUGCCACCAGCCUGAGUCUCCUCAGAGCUCAGCCUGGACUGGCCAAGGAAGAAUGGUCACCAGGACUGUCUCCACACCCACAGUCCUGUGCUGUCACCCGCAAAUGACUCCACCAUCGGUGACGACUUGACAAGCGUGCCUUUGAGUUCGAAGCUGGGAGACGGGUGCCCCCGUUGGAGCCCAGAGCCAUGGGGUGUCUACCAGCUGGCUGAGCAUGAGGUCAAAACCUCCCACAGCCGGACGCCGCAUCGCACCCAAGCUCAAAGCACUGCUUUUGAUAUGAAGAUGAGAGCUGUUUCUAUUUUAAUAUGUUAGCCCAAAUAUUACAAAUGCUUGCUUUAAAAAGAGGUUAAAAUGUUACAUUUUUUUUACCGAAGGACGAAUCAGGCUUUGAACUUGAUGUUGCAAAUAUUUACAGCUUAUAUGUUGUGUUUGAAUAGGCACAUUCAAUUCAUAA